AUCGCGUCGACAAACUGACCGCGCUUUUUCGUUGGGACACCUGAACCUUUCUGACGGGAGGCGAUAUGGACCGCAAUGAAAAUUUCAUUACCAUCGUCACACAUACUCACACUAGCAGCGGCGAGGUCUGCCUUUCGCAAUCAGCGUUAUAAAAUAGGGACGAGAAAAAAAAGUCCUACUAAAAAUUACACGUGAGCGCGGGCGUUGCAAAAUCAAUUAGUGCAAAAUAACGGUGAAUUUUAUAGUGCUGAAGCAUCGAAUGAGAUUCGGAGGUGGGGUGGAAAUAAAAACGCGCCCGAUGAAAAACAAACUGUGAUGGGUGAAAAACAACAACCGAUGCAGAUCAUCGAAACGACGAAGAAGAAGAGGAAGACGAGCACCGACCAGAGCGGCGCAGUUUUAUGGCCACCAUCAACAUGGAAAACGGUUGACACAUGCGAACGGUUUGUCAGCCAUCGGAACUUUGGCAUCUGCCGCAUAAUGUGUUGAAGAAAAUGAACGGGGUGUGAAAAACAAGUGCCCAAAGUGAUAAGGAAGAAGACGACGACGCCGCCAAAGAAGAAGAGCCUCUGCACGGAGAACAAAUUAUGGCCACGGCAAGGGGCCGUGUCGCCGGAGAAGAGUCUUCUAGUGCAUGGCCUUUGUGGCCUUGGACGACGCCGGUCCGGACGACAGUGACAGAAAAAGUGCACCGAAUUGCGACCACCACCAGUAGUAGUAGUAGUGCAAGGCUCUCGUCGACGACUUCGGUGAACUCCACGGUGACGACUACGAGUGGUUCAACUGUAAGCUCGUGGAGUCCUUCUACAAGUGGAAAUGGGGCUGAAGAAGAGCAUUGGGGUGUCGUUAACGGAAGUGAUGGGGAUAUGCUGGAAUAUGGCGGUAUUGGUGGGGGUAGCUUUCUGGAUGAGUUUGCCAACGAUCUCAAUGGCAGCCUCCAUAGCAGCCUCAAUAGCAGCAAUAGUAGUGAUCUGCUCGCUGGUGCAUUGUCCAAUUUCAGCAGCGGGUCCCCACUUGGGGUCCACGGCGAGAGCGGCCCUAUUCACCAGCAGUGGCAACUACUCGACCGAGUUUAGCAUCAAUUUUAAUGUUCGGAUGCGGGUGAAAGUGGGACCAACUCGCGGCUUUCGUUCGGCCACUUGCCGGAUCUGCUGGAGGAGCGGGAGUUGAUGGCCCUCUGGAACUGCACGAAAUUGCUUUUUGCUCAAUUAUAGUGGUAGCAGUAGUAGUACUGGGGGGCUAAUCAAUGGCACCGUCAGUACCAGAUUCGGGAAUGGGACGGACCGGGACCAGCUGUUGGAUGGUAGCGGUGGGUACGGCCUGGGAGGACUGGAUGACCCCGAGAGCACAAUUUUUCUGAUCCGGAUGGUGGCGACGGCAGUUGUGCUCGGGAUCGUUAUACUGGCGACGGUUAUAGGAAACGUAUUCGUAAUAGCGGCCAUUCUGCUGGAACGAAACCUCCAAAGCGUGGCCAACCACCUGAUAUUGUCGCUGGCGGUGGCAGAUCUUCUGGUGGCAUGUCUCGUAAUGCCUCUGGGAGCUGUGUACGAGGUGUCGAAGGAGUGGCGGCUUGGUGCGGAUCUUUGCGACAUGUGGACUUCGAGCGAUGUCCUCUGCUGUACGGCUUCCAUUCUGCAUUUGGUGGCGAUAGCUCUCGACAGGUACUGGGCCGUAACGGACAUCGACUAUGCCCACCAGCGAACAGCCCGACGGAUAGGCUACAUGAUCAUCGUCAUCUGGACUCUGUCGGUGCUGGUAUCGAUAGCUCCCCUACUUGGAUGGAAGGACCCCGAGUGGGAAGCCCGCGUCUACAAGGACCUGCAGUGCAUCGUUUCGCAGGACGUGGGUUACCAGAUAUUUGCCACCGCUUCCAGCUUCUACGUCCCCCUGCUGGUAAUAUUGUUCCUCUACUGGCGAAUAUUUCUCGCGGCCAGGAAACGGAUUCGGCGAAGGCAGCAGGGUAAAACAAUUGUGCAAUUGAUACCAAAACCUUUAGUAACUGCAUCGCAGCCGACCAACGCCAUCGGAGGCCCCACGGCGAAUGUGGUCGGUGGUUCCGGAGGUAUUGCGGCCGCAGUGGUGGCCGUCAUUGGGCGACCUCUGCCGACGAUCAGCGAAACGACGACGGCCUUCACGAACGUUUCGUCGGCCAACACCAGCCCGGAGAAGGGCAGUCUCGGCAACGGGGUCGAGCGGGACCGCAUCGAGGCGGAUCCACCGACAGCGGAUUUCUCCACGGCGUACCCUUCGGGACAGGGCGGGGCGUCCAGCUCGUCCGCCAAACCGUCGAUCAUGAAGAAGAAGUCCCAAUCGGCAACGGACUCCAAGCGGGAACGCAAGGCCGCCAAAACGCUCGCCAUCAUUACGGGGGCGUUCGUGUGCUGCUGGCUGCCGUUCUUCAUCAUUGCCAUCCUACUGCCAACGUGUACCGACUGCGACAUCAGCCCGCUGACGAUGAGCGUGUGUCUCUGGUUGGGUUACUUCAACUCGACGCUCAACCCGAUCAUCUACACGAUCUUCAGCCCGGAGUUUCGGCACGCGUUCAAGCGGAUACUGUGCGGCCGGAGGCACAGUCUCAGGAGGACCCGGCACAUGGGCGUGCGGCACAUGCGGUAAGGAACGGGGUGAGUUGACAAAGGCUGAUUUGUGAUGUAAAUUUUGACUUUUAGGUUAAUGUAACUAUUGUACAUAUUUAGGUCUUAUGGAUAAUGAGAGAUAGGUAAUCCCGAAUAGACGAUACGGUAGAUAUUGAAAGUAUACACACUUCGUGGAAGAAAUCGGAUUAGAAAGGUGUUUCGAGGCGCUGAAAUGGUCAAGCUCGCAUAUACCUAGCUACUUGGAAUAUUGGAUUAUAAUUCUAUCAUUGUUUUAUGUUAAGUGUUACAUAUUUCGUUAUUGCAGAAUUUUCUAAAUCUUUGAAAGAUGACCGAAAUUUUAUCAUUCUUGAAAAUGACGUAAGCAAUACCUAUUUCAGUUUUUAGCUUUUCAGGGUGCCUUGUUUGAACUAUAUAUUGAUCCAAUCUUUGAUUUCUGGUAACCCCUUCUGUAAAGUGAAUUGAUUUCUCUUCAAACAUACAGUUAACUCUUCCUUACUCGAUAUUCCGUAUCUCGAUAUCGAGUUAGAGAACCACAGUAAAAGUUGGUUUUCAUGGCUAACUUGAUGGUCCUCGAUGGUCCCUUCAAUAUCGAGUUAGAGAGGGUUGUCUAUUUCUAUUGCUAUCUGAUAGAGUGCUCCUUUUCUACGCACUUUAACUAUUAAUCUCUUCACCUUGAGUAUUAUAUUUAAACUUGUAUUUCGGAAGAUAAUAUUUAUUUUAUAAUUACAAAACUUGUUUUCUGUCUAUCAAGUGUAUUAUUCAAAACAGAUUUUCCGGUAAACCAUGCUCAGACUUCUGUCACAUUUCAUUACUCAAGUGAAUUAAUCUUCCUAAGCAUGGUACAUUUCCGGUAUUUUAAGUAUAAUUUGAUGAAUUGAUGCUUUUGCCACCUUCUGGAUUCUAUGUUCACCGUAGUGUCUAGCGAGCUCGUGAUUGAUUCUCCAC